AUGACUGCUUGGCAGACAGUUUUAAUCACCAUAUUGCUGCUCUUUUCUGUUCUCGACACCGCGCAAAGUGGUCCGGACGUUUCGCUGGUAUACAAAAUUUGCAGCGCCGACGAGUUUAGCACUUACGAUACAUACGCUGGCUCCGUUGCCGAAGUCCUCAACCGUCUGAUGGGCAAAACGUCGAGCUCAGGUUUCAAUCUUUACAUCACAAGUAAUCCCUCGUUUAGCAGUCUUUGCUACGGUCACGAAGCGUGCGACGGGGCACUCAGCCACUCGGACUGCGACUCCUGCUUGAAGUCCGCCACAAACUUGAUCAUCGAUCAGUGCGAGUACCGCGUUGGAGUUCAAUUCCAACUGGAAGAUUGCAGGAUCAGAUUUCUGUUGCAAGUCGUGCCUCUUGCGGGGAUCCCUCCGGUCGGGCGCAUCAUCGCCGGUGAUUUGGAGGGUCGUCCGUCGUCGUUGAUGCGAGUGGAGGCGUAG